CGUUCCAUUAUUCGUUCAUGGACCAUUCGCGGGAUAUACGCGCGGCGUUUUACCUGGAAAACUGUCGAGUUGACCAGUCACCGUAGUGAGUUCUCGAGUGUCGCGACGUGGUCGCGAUCGAUCCCCGCGUAUACAUACAUACCUACAUACACAUCGUGUGCGAGAAGAGGACGAAGAUUCGGGAUCUCAACUAUGCGAGUUUUCGCGGAUCUCUGGAAGUGAAAAAAAAAAAAAAAAGGACAUCAUCAUCAUCAUCAUCAUCAUCACCAUCAUCAUCAUCAUCAUCGGGAACAAAGUAGCAGACUCCAUGAAUGAGCGAGCAACAAUAGUGAAGAGACGCGUAUAAUAUUCCAGUCGGACGGAAAGUGUCGGGAGUCUCACUACGCCGGUGGAAGAAGAGGCGCGGCGGACGCGUCCAGGCGCCCGGAACGUCGCGUCGUCGGGCGGCAGCGGGCAGAAACACGGAGGCGGCGGCGGGCGAAGAGGCGGGGGCGGAGGCGGGGAAGCUGUUCAUCGAACGGAACAGCCGCGCGCGCGGUGCGAUACGGACGGCCGAGCUGUUGUACGGUUCGUGAAACGGGCACGAGCAUAUCUCGGUAAAGAGAGGAGGUGGAAGAAGAAGAAGAAGAAGAGGAAGCGGCUGCUGGCGAUUCCUUUAGUUGCCAGUACUUGUACGAGGCACGAAAAUGGCAGAUACAAGUCAACAACAAGCAUUAAGCGAACCGCACACAAAUGGUGUGAUGGAUGGUUUGACAGAAGAUGAAAAGAGCAAGAUGAGACCCGCUGAUAUUGAUGCGGAUAUGAGAGAAAUGGAGAGGAGAAAGAGGGUGGAGAUGAUGAUGAACUCGCGAAUUUUCCGAGAAGAGCUAGAACGUAUAAUCGAGACGCAGAUGAAGGACGGCGCUGGACCCUCCGGUCUUUUGCAACAGAUCUCCGAUAUGAUGGGGGCACAGGGAGCCCGAUUCAACGGCAAUGUGUUCAAAAAUUCAAAUUGCGUCUUACCUAUCAACGACAUUCGCGGCGUGGAGAGCAUGGGAUACGCUAAGGGCGAAAAGUUACUGCGGUGCAAAUUGGCGGCGGUCUUCAGAUUACUCGACCUGUAUGGAUGGACGCAAGGCGUAGGCGGACAAAUCACCGCCCGUCUCAAUCAGGAUCAGGAGCACUUUUUAGUAAAUCCUUAUGGGCUACUUUAUCACGAGGUCACCGCCUCGAGUCUGAUAAAGGUGGAUAUGCAAGGCACGAUUGUCGAGCAGGGGACGACGAACUUCGGCGUGCACAUCACAAGUUUCCAAUUGCACUCGACAAUACACGCCGCGAGACCCGAUAUCAAGUGUAUUAUUCAUAUUACUACUCCGUCCGUUACCGCUGUCUCUUCCUUGAAGUGUGGACUGUUACCGAUUGGUCAAGAGAGCAUAGUGAUAGGCGAAGUGAGUACCCAUCAAUAUAUAGGAGGUUCCGUCGAACCGGAGGAACGGGAGAAGAUUGCUAGAAACCUCGGGCCGAUCAAUAAGGUUAUGCUUUUGACGAAUCGCGGUGCCCUUUGCUGCGGAGAAACGGUAGAAGAGGCGUUCUUCAACGUCUACAACACCGUAGUUGCUUGUGAAACUCAACUGAAACUAAUGCCCGCCGGUAUAGACAACCUAAAUCUUAUCAGCGAGGAAUCGAAGAAGGCUAUAUUCGAAGCUUCGCGAAAACCACCGAUCCCACAGCAGAGUUCAGUAGUGGAGUCAUCCGCUCUCGCGGAAAAGCUCGAAAAACGCUGGAGAAUCGGCGGCGCUGAAUUUGAAGCUCUUAUGAGGAUGCUCGAUAAUGCUGGAUUCCGUACGGGCUACAUAUAUAGAAAUCCACUGGUAAAAGGAGAACCUCCAAAACCACGAAACGAUGUUGAAGUUCCACCGGCCGUAUCGUCCUUAGGAUAUCUAUUGGAAGAGGAAGAAUUGUAUAAGCAAGGAUUAUGGAAGGGUGGACGCAAAGGCACGGACAGAUCCCGUUGGUUAAAUUCGCCAAACGUUUAUCAGAAAGUCGAGAUUCUGGAAACUGGAACACCCGAUCCUAAAAAGAUCACCAAGUGGGUGUCUGAUGGAUCUCCUACCCAUAGCAGCACACCAGUGAAGAUAGACUGUGCUCUUCAGUUUGUACCGAAAAAUACCAAUCCAAAGGAGUUCAAACAAAUACAACAGCAGAUUAAAGAUUAUCGACGAGCAGAGAAAAUAUCGGCUGGUCCGCAAUCCCACAUACUGGAAGGUGUUUCAUGGGAGGAAGCUAAAAAAAUGCAGGAUGCGACAAUUAGUGGUACUGGAGAACAAGUAGUUUUAGUAGGAGCCGCUAGUAAGGGUAUUAUACAACGUGGUUUUCAACACAAUGCGAUGGUCUACAAGACACCCUAUGCCAAAAAUCCCUUCGACGCCAUCACGGAUCAAGAAUUGGAUCAAUACAAGAGAGAGGUCGAACGCAAACAGAAAGGAGAUCCUUACGAUGAGUCACAAUCAGAAUCCGAGGCCUUGUCGUCCUUUAACAUCAGUCGUGCGACGCAUGAAUCCAGCACUGCCAAGAGUCCUAUUCAAUCACCGGUUUCUGUUACUUCGGAAACGGAGGAGGAGAGUAGAGACGAACCCCGAGUAUUGCGAAUAGAAACGAAACAAGUGCCUGCGCCGAGUCAACCCGAAGUCGUGUUAAGUGAUGUGAAUGAUGCUACUACAGAGUACCUUAAUGAGAUGCGCUACAGAACGAUCGAAGGACAAAGUGGUUACAGAAGAGAUUGCGAACUAGGCAGCAAUUGCAGCAGCGAAGUGAUCAACGAAGUGUACUGCCGUCGACGAUUUUCCGAAUCUCUUUACGACAGUCUUCAUUUGGAGAGUGUCAGAGUCUCGACGAUCGCUGAACGAAAGAAACCCUUUCUUAUUACAUAUCCGAAGAACUUGUCCGGCCGGAGUAUCAGGUCAUCGAAGACGAUCGUCCGGAGGGACGAGACUCUUGCAAAGUCGCACUACGAGGCGAGACGGAAGUUUUUCGAGGAUCUCGAGUGUCGAAAGAGCUCACCAACGGAAUCCAAGACAGAAGGAACGACGUGCGCGAAUAGCGGAGAGAAAGUACUUGAGCAAAAUUCCAAUGUUGUAGAGAAUUCUAGUCUAAGUGGAAAAUUACCUGUUUAUUCUGUAAAAGAGCACAACGCACAUCUGCCAAGUCUGGAAACUGGAGGAUGUGUAAAAAAAAUAAAUGACGACAUUGUGGUGCAUUCUACGAAAUGGAAGAAUAUCGCGCGACUAAAUUUCGUUGAAGUAAUUAACAUGAAGGAGACAGAACUGAGCUCUCCCAUUAUUAGUACGAAUCAUGAUUGUCAACUCGAGGAGACGGUGAAUCGCGAGAAUGUAAUGAUGGUUAAUAAGAAGGAUGACUCUGUACAAAUGGAAGAAUCUUUUACAACUCGAGAAGGAGAUAACGAGAAGUUGAUCAACAACUGUUUAUAUUCGACAACUAACAAGGAACAACAGCAAGAAGUAGUAAGAAGAAUGACGAAGAUGAAAAGCUAUAGUAAAAUACAGUGCGACGAGAAUAAAGAGGCAUCGACGAAGAAAGGAAUAAACGGUCACGCGACGGAGUUCAAGAAACAAAGAAUUUGCACGUGGAUCGAGAAAUCCAUACGCGAGAACAAUUGGGCGAAUAGCAAAGCGGAGACCGACGACACGUACGAAUCUUAUUGCGACGACAUCACGAAAAUCGUCGAGAGCAUCGACGUAAAUAUGCGAGCUUCGUCGAAAACGGAGCUGGACGCGCUGCCUGAAACGGACACUUGCGUUAAGUACAAUCUGGACUCGACGAAUAUGAGUCUCAUUUACAGUCUGACUCCGCCAGCGGUUCAAGAGGAGAGCGGCAACGACGAUACCUCGCAGGACCUGGCGGAACAAUCGUCGGGCUGGCAAUCCGACACAACGAGAAACGAGAACGAUGACGCGUUGGACGAUUACGUGUGGAUAGAACCGACAACGACCAAGGAGUGUGUUGUAACAACGUCCACACAGAAUCUACAAGAUCCUAAUAGAACGAUGACGAUAUCGAGCAACGACAGCGAGUCAGUGUCUGGGAGACAUUCGGCGAGCGGCUCCGACAUCCUCGAGCUGCCGAGUCACACGAUUCUCGAAUUGGAGGACAUCGACGGCGAGGUCUUCCACAAUGGGAUCAACGAGUCUGCUAACGAGAUCAUCGCCGGUCUUAACGCCGCUCCCCAUGAUGAAAAAAUCCCAUCGGAGGAUGUCAACGGCGAAGUCUUUCACAAUGGAAUCAUCAACGAGUCCACCAACGAGAUCAUCGCUGAUUUUAAUGUUGCUCCCCAUGAUGAGGAGGAGGAAACCUCAUCGUCGCAUGAUGCUUUGCAAAUUGCGCAGCACAUCAUCGCCGAGAUCAUCCAGUCCGUUUACAUUCUGGUGUUCCUGGAUUCUUCUAUUUCCGAUCUCAAGGUCGUGAAAGAACUCGUACGUCGGAUUAUCUACAAUUGCUGUUACGAAUAUUCGCUCGCAGAAUUUGCCAGUCGGACGUCCGACGUCUCGACGAUAAUCGAGGACAAGGAUGUUGAGAAUAUUUGUCGGAUGAAAGGCUUCUUGGAAAAUUUGUCACCGGAUUUCGCCGGUUAUAAUGAUGAAACGUGUGAGAAGGAGGAUCAAGAAUCCUCCGCCAUGAUCGAAUUUUGCACCUUAGCAAAAAGACCACCGAUCGUUGAGAAGCCGAGUACUUUGGCGUUAAAUUUCCGCAUUAUCAAAGUCUCACCGGAGAGUACAACUUGUCGAGUACUUGAUGAAGAUCCGACCGACAACGCGAACGAAAUCGGUGAUGGAAUUUCCGAUAAAACGAGGGACAGCGAGAACAUAGCUGCGUCAAGGUCAGAGAUGGAAACGUGGCCUUGCGAUCGGUGCUGUUACUGUCAAGAAAGGGAUGGGGAAGCGACGACGAGAGAUAAAUUGAAUUGUCUAACUCCUAUAAGCGAGGAAUUGGACGAGACUCUGCACGAUUCUAUGACGUUCAUUUUAGGAAAGUCUAACGAGUCAUUGUGCGACCUGGAAGUUGGCUCUGUUGAUGCUGCCGAGGAGGAUGAUAUAGAUACCACGAAGAAAUCUAUUUCUCUUGAUGAAACCUACACAAUCUCCGAAGUUAGUUCCGUCAUUAUCUCUGAUAACGAUGAGACGAACGAUGUCCAAGAACGAUGCGAUAUCUGGGACUCGUCUAUAGAUUGUAUGUCGUAUUCGUACGAUACUAAGGAAUUUAUACGCUUGGAAAAGGCUGUUGCUGAUAGUUCGCCGUUGAACACGUAGCUCCAACUCGUCUUUUAAAUAUUCUAAUUUCGCGAUUCUUUAAUCAGAUUAGACUAAACCAUUGUUUUGCUCGAUUUUUGGGAGAGAAGAGAAAGAAUUUCAACGAUUAAUUCAUCGAUAACAGUAUUUUAAAUCGUGUGUUGGUACUUUAAAUUAAUCGAUGAAGUAAAGGAGUGUUCAAGGAAAAGAGGGUUAACAAGGUUGAUUUUUGGGCCAAAGCGCCGCACGUUUUUGAUCGCAUAAUUAUAUAGUUGAGGUCGAGAGUUUCUAAAACUCUCAUAAUAAAUGUAGCGAACUUAACUAUUGAAACAUUUUGAAUGUAUUUAAGAUUUUUAUUGUCAAAAAACGAAAGUAGAUUAAGAAAUCUUCUUUUUGUCCAAAUACAUUAUUAUUAUAUUUGCUAAAACUGUCGAGUUAUUCAUAUAAAUAUAAAAAUAUUCGAGGUGCGUACUUUAUUUUGUCCAGUACUGUAUACAAAUAUGCAAAUAUGCAAUCAAAAACGUGCAACGCUUUGGCCCAAAAAUCGGCCUUAUUGACCCUUCUCCUUUGAGUCGAUUUCUCAUCAGAAGUAAAUUACUAGAUCAUUUUUUGCUCUUAGUGUUAAUAUUCAGAUCUGAAAAGAGCAUUUCUUAUAUAAUAUUGAAUACUUUGUACAAUCAAUGUUGCACUUUGCAUAUACGUUUAUUUAGCUUAUUAACAAGUCUUCAUGCGUUUUAAUUUGAAAUAAGAUUUAUUCUUUAAAAGCGGCACCAGUAAAUGUGCAAUUCUUAGAUACUCAGUAGAAAAUGAGGUAUUAUUCCAAAGUCUAAUGUUAAUGUUUCUUGUUCAUUAUUUCUUGUUUUGCAAUUUUCUUUCACAGUUUAUUUUUUAUUUUUUUUUUAUAAUUUACGAGUCUAUGCAUAAGCAAAGCACAUUUCUUAUGCGAUCGACUUUAAACAUAUCUGAAUAAAAAAAGAAAAUUUUUAUAAUUUCUACGUAUUAAUUGACUUUUAUAAGAGUACUAAUAUCAUUUAUGUAAUAUUUCCUGAGGUUUUCAAUUUUUCUUUUUUUUUUGCUUUUAGUUAAGUUGUGACUAAAAAAAGGGUUUCAUGAUUUAGUAUGUUUAUUGUAAUAUUCUGGUUAUUUUCUUGAUAUUAUUUACCCAAUUUAAUCGACGUUAUAUUAUGUUACAUACUUAUGCUCUCUACUAACAAUAUUGUAUCUAACAAUAAGUUAACUUAAAUUUCGAAUGCUUGUAUAAUUGAUACGGUAGCACAACAGUUUUGAAGCACGUUUGAUGAUAUAUAUAAAAGUUUGCACAUAUAACACUUUAUAA